AUGAAAUAUACCAUGGCAGACAAAAGUGGCGACAGUUACCGGAACGGGAGACGGUCUAGAGAGGUCAGCUCUCAAUCAGACGACAGUGGCGAUGAAUCUGAUCAGGACUGCGGGAUGCGGGUAGGGGAGGAGUACCAAGCAGAGAUCCCCGAGUAUAUCCCAGAUGCCAAAUAUGAUGGGAAACCAGAGGCCAUGCUUGUAUGGGCUCCCUCACCAAAUCUCUCAGAUGCCAAAGUGGAUGAAUACAUUCGAAUAGCCAAAGAUCUACAUGAUUACAACAUGGAACAGGCCCUUGGCAUGCUUUUCUGGCAUAAACACAACAUAGAACGUGCUCUGUCUGACCUGCCCAACUUUACCCCCUUCCCCGAUGAGUGGUCUGUGGAAGAUAAAGUGCUCUUUGAGCAGGCGUUUGGUUUCCAUGGCAAGAGUUUUCACCGUAUCAAGCAGAUGUUGCCUGACAAGCCUAUUGCAGCCCUUGUCAAAUAUUUCUACUCGUGGAAGAGAACUCGCUCAAGGUCUAGUGUCAUGGAUAGACAGGCUAAGAAACUGGGAAGUGGUGGCGUCAGUGAUGAUGGGUCAGAAAACUCAAAUUCUGAUGAGGAGGGCAAAACUAAAGAGAAUAAAGAGGCAAACCGAUGUGUGAACUGCGGUGUCGGAACUUCUCAGUUGCAUGUAACCCCAAAAGGUUCUUUAUGCCAUAGCUGCUAUCAGUAUUGGAGAAGAACUGGUGUAAUGCGAUCAGCAGGACCAAAAAGACAUGAUUCACAGAGCACUGGUCGCCACAACCCUAUUAAGCACAAACGGAAGCCACCCAAAGGGAUGUAUUUAGACCAUAAUGAUCUGCUAGCCAUGGUCUCAGGUCCCCCAAACCAGCCGGAGGCCAUCCUGAAGUCUCUGGAUUCUGAACUGGUUUCCCUGAAGAGGAUGGUUCAGAACAACAAGCAGAUGCUGAGCCAGCAGAAGCACAAGAUCUGUUCUGGUGUUGAUGACUACAGGCCACUUGAG